UGAGAAAAAUGGAAGAUCACAACGUUGUCUAUGGAUAAUGGAACGCAGGACUGUAUGAGGUGGUUGGUAUUGUCGUAGAGGCAGAUGAUCGUCCUCACUGCGGCACCAUGUCGUUGUUGGUGGCGUCGAGUACCAUGGGAGGAAGCCCUAGUCGGCUGUUAGACAAAGGUCCCUCUUACCUGCGAAAACAGCGCACGAAUGCUAGACUGUUUGCUCACAGAAGACGCAGUGCUGUGGAGUUAUUGGAAGCCAGUAAGCCACAGUACCUACGAGGAAAUACUGAUUCAGACCCUCAGCACCAUGGCAGCUCAGAUGACCUCAGCAGGUUGCAGUCAAUUAUUACCAAGCAGCCACUUCGAUCUAAAUCAGAGUAUGACCUUUCUCAGAUUCAACAAGGUUUGCUAGAUGGUGGAGAGAAAGAAUAUGUAGAGGCUACUAGAAGGAUCUCUCAAAAUACUAGUUCAUCUAGCAGAGUCGGCAUAUCAAAAAGCAAAAUGUCUGAAAAUAAUAGUGAAAAAGCUUCAUUUCCAUCUAAUGAAAAAAGUUCACACAUUGAAGCGGAUAGUGAAAAGCCUUUAACUACAAACACAUACAAAUUACAUCAUGAUGUCCCUCUGCCCAGCUGGUCAAGCCAGACUCAUACUGAAAUGAUUCAAACUCGGAUUCACUCAAUGCAAAACAAUUCAUCUAAUGAUCUGAGUGCUCGUUUUUCCAGAGAUGAAUUUUUCAUGCAAAACACUGGAGUUUUGGUGCACAGAUCUCAUUCAGCUAUAAACUGUCGCCAUGCAAGAAAUGGUUCGGACUCAUCAGAUUACAUCCCACAUUACUCACGGGCAAGUGCCGACUUGGAAAUAUUUUUUAGUCAGAUGGGAUUAGAAAAAAAUGUUCUGGAUCCAAUGUUAAGGCAGCAAGAAGCUCAUAAGAAACAUGGUUUAUUUGAAAGUGUAAGCUCUCUAGACUCUCCAGACACCAGAAGUAUUUGUAGUGAUUAUGUCAAAAGUGAUGCUGGACUUUCUGAUCUACAAGCAGAUGCCGACAAAUCAGUUAUCCCUACAUCAGCUGUGGAAAGAAAUGCAAGGAUUAUUAAAUGGUUAUGUAGUGUCAAGAAAGCCAAGACUCUUUCUAAAAGCCAAACAUGAUGUUGAUGUUUCAUGAUCAGUACCAAAGCAAUCAAAUUUGUUUAAAAGUAGAGCAACUGAUGGAGUGUUUUUAUGUGGAAUCCGUGAAAAAUGCAUUUACCAUUUACAAGUACUUGGUAACUGUAUUUUCUUCUUCUUCUGAUUUGUUGUGUGUAAAUGCGUAAUAAAUAUUAUUAACUGACAAAAACUAUUUGGAAGAUUGGCUUCUGAUAUUUCAAUCUUAGUGCUAAAAUGUAAUUACCGAUAACAUUACAGAUACAACAUUACUGAAUAUAGCCUUAGUUUUGGGCAGUUGUUUUAUUAUUGGAAUAAUUAAAGGCAAGAAAUUUCAUCUAAGUAGAGCAGUUCCACAAAGCUAACAAAAUAAAUUCAAUUUAAUGCAAAACAAUGAAAGGCGAGUAUAUAAAUGCUUGUUAUGUAACAUUUUUAGGUAAGUAUAAGGUACCGUUAAGAGUGAGCAACAGCUCACCUGUUUGUACUUUCAAUAGGAAUGUAAAAUUGACAUUUAUGUCUAGGUACUGAAGCUUCGUGCUUUUUGUUUUUAAUUGUACAUGCAAAUUAUCUACAAUGUAAUGUAUGGUUCAUUUAAACAGUAACAUAGUUUUCCCAUUAAAUGCAGUGUCCAUUCUGGAUAUGAACUGGAAAUAUGACAGAGAAGAAUAAAGAAGAAUAUAUAAAUAAAAGAGAUGGAGAAUGUUAUUAUAGAUUUCCAUAUAAGCUAUUUGCUAAUUGAAUUGUUAUAUGAUAAAACAUGUUCAGGGAAGAUUAAAUAUUAAAUUGCAUAGUAAAUUAAGUUAAUACUCUUGUUUUUAUUUACAAGCUCUGUAGUACAUGUUAUACAUGUUAUGUGUGUGAAUUUAUUUGAGUACAGUAUUUAUAUUAAUUUCCUGUACAUUUUAGGAAAACAUGUCUUAAUAUUUUAUGUCAGAUUUUAUAAAUUAGUUAUGAAUUGUAAAAUGUGUAUCAUAUACAUGUAUUCACAGUGCUUUCAUAUUUUAAGCAAUAUUACUACAUUGUACAAUGGAUUUUAUGUAUCUGGGCCUCGUUCCACGAAACAAUCUUAGCACUACUAUCGCCGUAAAUACCUACCAUCGCAACCGUAAUUUGUUCUGCGAUCGCUAGCUCAUUCCACGACAUGGCGUAGUUUACUAUCGUCGUA